GGCAAGCAGUCAAGGGAGGGUGGACUUGCUUUCAAGCCUGUCCCCUCUAUCUUCCACCGCCUCUUAAUCCCAUUUGCCAUUGUAGGUGAACGGCAGCCCUGCACUCUUCGCGUUUAAUAUCGGUGACAUUUUUUUUUCGUCAUUUGCAUCUGGCACUACGCUGGCGCGCCACACGAUUCCUACCGCGGAUCUUCGUAAGACCUGGAUACUGACCGAUGCUACUUUUUAAAGGUUUCUGUUUACCGUCCCGGGCGUUUCAUUAAUUAACAGAACAACCGACGUUUAAAACGGCACUCAUUGGUGGCAGCGAAGUUAAAAGCUGUUUGUUUUUAUUUUUUUCUUAGCCACGAUUUCUUCCCCUUAACUUCUGUUUUGUGGCGUGAGAUAUCCGGGCGUUUAGUCGCGAUGCCAGAGACGGCGCAAGAAACCUGUGCUGCUGCUAAAGACUCGCCCUUCUCCAUUAAGAAUCUGCUGAACUGUGACAGCAAAUCCAGCAAACCCAGACCCCUGCUGGCUGCAUCCAAGAGUGUUUUGGACGGCGGCUUCUCAUUCUCCAAGGUCGGAGAUCUGAGCUUUCCUCGUUUUGAGAUACCCACGCAGAGGUUCGCGCUACCGGCCCACUAUCUGGAGCGAGCGUCCGCGUGGUGGUACCCCUACUCCCUCAGCUCUUCGGGCCAUCUACACAGGACAGAAGUUAACGAAAAAGCGAGCGUGAGGGAAUCCUCUCCAGCCUCGGGUACCGAUCGAGAUUCGCCGGAUCUAGUACUCAAAUCCGACCCCGACUCCAAAGAAGAAGACGGCAGCAAAAGCGCGGACGAAAUCGUGCUGGAAGAGAGCGAUCUAGAGGAACCAAAGAAAGACGACGGCACGGAUGACUGGAAGAAUAGGGACGACAGUCCGGAUAAGAAACCGUGUAGGAAAAAGAAAACGCGCACGGUCUUUUCCAGGAGUCAGGUGUUCCAGCUGGAGUCUACGUUUGACAUGAAGCGCUACCUGAGCAGCUCAGAGAGGGCUGGAUUAGCGGCGUCCUUACACCUCACAGAGACUCAAGUAAAGAUCUGGUUCCAGAACAGAAGAAAUAAAUGGAAGAGGCAGCUGGCCGCAGAACUGGAGGCUGCAAAUCUGAGUCACGCAGCGGCGCAGAGGAUAGUGCGCGUGCCUAUUUUAUACCACGAGAACUCGGCCUCCGAAACUGGGAGCGCAGCGGGCAGCGUUCCAACGAGCCAGUCCCUGCUCACAUUCCCCCACCCCGUGUACUACUCACACCCUAUAGUUACCUCCGUACCGCUGCUCAGGCCGGUGUGAGAACUCCUCCUUUUACACCAACAAAGUGUAAUUUUAAAUUUAUUUAUAUAAUCGAAUAUUCGAAAUAUUAUUUUUAUAUAGGCUAUAUAAAAUGCUUACAUUUUUAAUAGGGGGAAACGGCGUUGACAUUACAGCCUGUAUUUAUUUGACGUGUGAAAAAAAAAAUCACUGCAGAUUUAAUGUUCACAAAUUGUGUCAUUAUUUUAUAUAUCGUUGUUAUUAUCAUUAGACGUACUGAUGUCAUGGUGUACGAUAUCACCUACUGCCGUUGAGUAUUUUAUUUCGUUAAGUAGCCUAAGUGAGUGAAAUUUUUACGAUGCAGUUUAUAGAGUUUAAGAACUGGUGUACAGCUUGCAGCUAUCGGAAACGUUCUUUAGUUGACUGACACCUAAUUAGGAAGGCGUUUGCUGCCGCAGGAUUUACAUCGGUUUUCGGGGGAGUAGUUUCGAUAAAUAAAAUAUGUAUGUUUAAAUGCGUUUUUAUAUAAAACAAAAAUACAUACUGUGUAAAAUUUGUUUGGUGUUUUAUGACUGCAUGAAUCUGUUUUGUAAAGGGAAUUGUUAUCGGUGGAAUUCUAAUAUGUGUGCAAUAUUUGGUAUGUUGAGGUCAUGCACAGCACUCGACGAGGAACGGUGAACCUUCUAGCCGUUAUCCCGAUUCAGACUUUAAAAGUAUUCUACUGUAUAUAUUAAGACUAAUCAGAAAUAUAGAAACAGAAUGAGAGGCCCAUAA